AUGACUAGAAUGUUGGAUAUAUUAGAAGAAUAUAUGUUACAUAAAGGAUAUACUUAUUUUAGAAUGGAUGGACAAUGUUAAAUAAAUGAUAGAAGAGAUGUAUUAUAUAAUAUUAUAUUUAGAUGGUUAAUGAAUUCUAAUAAAAUGAUAAGAUUUUUGCAUUUCUUUUAUCAACAAGAGCAGGUGGUUUAGGAAUUACAUUGACAUAAGCUGAUGCUGUUAUAUUUUAUGAUAAUGAUUGGAAUCCAACUAUGGAUGCUUAAGCAACUGAUAGAGCUCAUAGAAUUGGAAGAACUAAAGAUGUUUAUGUUUAUAGAUUAAUCACUAAAGGUACAAUAGAAGAAAGAAUUGUUAAAAGAGCAUAAUAAAAAUAGAAUGUUUAAUCAACUGUUUAUUCUGGUGGAUUUCAAGGUGAUAAAUUCAAACCUUAAGAAGUAUAUAAUUUAAUUUAUAAAGGUUUUUGAAUUAUUGUUUGGAGAAUAAGAAAUUGAUGAGACUGUGGCUAAUAAGUUUAUGGUUAAAGGACAAAAGAAAAAGAAGAAGCCUGUGAAAAUUGAAUAAAAGGAUACAUAGAAAGAAGUAUCAAAAGAAUAGAAGGAAUAAUAAGAGGAAGAAGAUAUUAUAGAAUUUGAUCUCAGAGAAUUAGAGAUGAAUGAAAAGGAUUGUGAAGAUGCUGAUUGA